AUGGUGAAGAAUUCUGGAAAUGUUAUUGAUUUAGAUAACAUUUUAGAAAAUGAAGUUAAAUUUGGAAAAUUCCAAAUUAUUAUAAUACUUCUAAUAGCUUUUCCUAUUUUUUUAAAUGGAGUUCAAACAAUUACGUUUAUUUUCGCAGCUGGAAACUUAAAUUACAGAUGUGAAAUUUCUGAAUGUGACGACGUCGGUUCUUCAAACUCGGAAUUUUUGCCUGAAUGGUUAAACUUCGCGGUGCCUUUUGAAGCCACUGGUCUUCCUCAAAAAUGUGAUAAAUUCGAGUCAUUAAAUUCUUCACAGAUUUGCACAGUUGAAAGUUUCAAUUCAUCAAACGUUAUCAAGUGUGACAAAUAUGUCUACGAAGAUGAAGAAUUCACGAUUCUAAACGAGUUUAGCUUAAACUGUGAUAAGGAAUUUUUAUUGUCAUUGAUUGGAACGAUCAACAACAUUGGACAAUUAUUUUGUUUUCUUUUGACUGGUUUUAUAUCGGACAAAUACGGCAGACGAAGUGCGUUAAUUAUAGGAUGUCUGGGAGCCGCAGUGUUUGGAAUUCUCAGAAUAUUUGCCUUUAACUACACAAUGUAUGCAGUUUUUGAAUUCUUUGAUGCUUUAUUUGGCGGCGGCACUUACUCUACAGCUUACAUCAUUGGUUUAGAGUUGGUAACUCCACGACUUCGAACCCUGACUGGAACUUUUCUCAAUUGCUUUUAUGCUUUUGGGGAAAUUUAUUUGGGACUCAUUGCAAUGUGGUUUAAGAAUUACAGAAUGAUUCUUUUAUUCAGUUAUGUUCCCGGCUUUUUUACAAUUUCUUUCAUUUGUUUGCUACCUCAAAGUAUUCGUUGGUUGAUAACAAAAGGUCUGAAUGAAGAAGCUAAAAAGAUUUUGAUUAAAGCUGCAAAGCAAAAUGGAUCAUCUUUGAGUGAGAAUUCUCUGAUGAUGUUUGAUGAAAAAAUUGCUGUGCUUAAUAACUCUGAGAACGACUCGGAGAGUGAUGACACUCAAGACAGCAAAAUUUCAAGACGUGCCAUCAUACAAAUUUUGAAUCUUUCAUAUAUUUGGUUCUCCACACUUUUCGUGUACUUCGGUCUUAAUAUAAACGCAGUUUAUCUUGAAUAUUGGAAUAAAUACGUCAGUUUUAUUAUUGUCUGCCUCAUCGAGCUGCCAAGUUACUUCAUAACAAAUAUCAUGAUGGAAUCAAUUGGAAGGAAGAAAACGCUUUUUGUUGGGUUAAUUGGAAGUGGAAUAUUUUGUAUUGUUUCCGAAUUCAUUCCUGGUGUUUUGCUAAAGACAAUUGCUUUUGUAAUAGGAAAACUUCUAAUCUCAAUUUCCUUCUCAUGUCUUUACAUUUUCACAAUCGAAGUUUUCCCAACAAAUCUCCGACAUCGAUUCUUUAGUAUUUCCUCCAUUUCUGGUAGAAUUGGAAAUAUUUUAGCACCUUUGACACCACUGCUUGCUCAAUCUGUUUCACCACAACUUCCUUUAAUUAUGUUUCGUUCAAUUCUUAAUGCUCUCCAUGAGCGUGGGCACAACGUUACAGCUUUAACUCCUGAUGUCGAAGCUUCUGUUCCCAAUUUAACAUACCUUCAUUUGGAGAAAAUUUAUCCCGCAAUUUACAAUGGAACAGAAAGGCCAAAUUUCUUUGAAUGGUCGAAGUUAUCGAAGAUUGAAUUCAUGUUCAUGAUAUUAAAAUUUAAUAAGCUGUCAUGUUCAAGUGCAAUGGAUUCAAAAGGCUAUGAACGUCUUUUAGCCUAUCCAAAUGAAUUCAAGUUUGAUCUUGUGAUUUAUGAUAACAUUGGUGGGCCAUGUUUGUUGUUAUUUUUAAAUAAAUUCAACAACCCACCGAUGAUUAGUGCAACAGCAUUUAAUGCAAUCAGUCGAAAUGCUUAUUAUGCUGGAGGUUUGAUAUCUCCUGGUGUAGUGCCUGGCCACAAUUGUUUAUUCGCCACUCCAAUGACAUUUAAAGAACGAAUCAAGUCAACAAUAAUUGAAAUUAUUCUUUUUCAUUUAAUUGAAUUUUAUCUCACACCUUCAACUGAUAAAAUGGUUCGCGCACGAUAUCCAGAAAUUCCUUAUCUUGGAGAUUUAGAAAAGAGUGCGAAAAUGUUCAUCAUUAAUUCAUUUACUUUAAUUGAUCAAAAAGUUGCAAACUUUCCGAACCUCAAACAGAUUGGCGGCGUUCAAAUUCAAAAACCAAAACAAUUGUCUGACGAUUUGAUUAAAAUAAUUGACGAAGCUAAAGAUGGAAUUGUCUUUUUUUCACUCGGGACGAAUGUGAGAAGUGACAGCUUGGGAGAAGAACGAAUAGUGAAAAUAAUCAAAGCUUUAGAAAAGCUUCCAACUUACACAUUUUUAUGGAAAUUUGAAACGAAGGAGAAACUUCCAAUAAAAUUGCCUGCCCAUAUUGUCAUUCAAUCUUGGUGGCCACAAAGCGAUAUCCUUGCACAUCCAAAAACGAAGCUUUUCAUGUCACAUUCCGGCUUAUUAAGCACACAAGAAGCACUUUGGUAUGGAGUUCCAAUUCUUGGAAUUCCCAUCUUUGGAGAUCAAUUUUAUAAUAUUUUUCAAAUGCAACGAAACGGAGUUGCACAAGAAUUUUCUCUUCACGAUUUUACUGAAAAUCAACUUUUCGAAAUUGUCAGUGAAAUGCUGUUAAAUGAGAAUUAUUUAACAAAAGCGAAAAACAUUUCUUUUGCUUUACGAGAUCAACCAAUGACUCCAAUUAAUGAAGCAAUAUUUUGGAUU